CUCAGAGCUUAACUAAAAGCUGGCAAUUUAUUAGAGUUGCAAUCUGUAGAAGACAGAGCUGCUAAAGAGUUUUCGAAGACAGGACGGAUAAUAGGAUAGCAGUUAUGACCGGAAGUCAAUCCCCAUGCACUUUGCCUUGGGGUCAGCGAUUACUUCUCUUUGUCAUGGUGAUGACCUGCAUCAAUAUUCCAUGCGCUGAAAGCAAGAACAUCUUGAUAGUGGAUUCAUUGAUAGGCGGGAGUCAUUACCAGUUACUCACCCUCAUAGGCAAAGAUCUGGCUGAGAAAGGUCACAACAUAACAGUGCUUCUUGGUGAUUGUAUGCUGUCCGUAACUGACCCAUCGAAGCACAAAGACAUUUUCCAUUUUGAAAUGUAUGACUGUCAGGUGACGACGGAAGAGGUGUUGGCCAUCUCUAACCUUUUUGGGAAGUUGAGUCUCACCGGAGAGUUGUCGUCCUUUACAUGGUAUGUGAAGCUUGGGCUGGGAAUCUCCAACGAUCCAGAUAUCGCGUUGAUAAACAAAUUUUUCACUUGCGGAACCAGAAUGUUUGCGGCGAUGAAAGAUACCCAUCACGAUCGCCUGAAGGCGACCAACUUUGACUUGGUAGUUUGUGACAAUUUCAGCCCGUGGUGUUCCGUUCUUGCGCACGAUAUUUUGGAUCGUCCGUAUGUCAACGUGGCCAACGGGGGCUUUCUCGGCACCCGGUACAGUCGCUGGGGGAACACACCAUCACCCAUGAGCUACGUUCCGGAGUACAUCACCCACUUCACGGACUCAAUGACGUUCCUUCAACGCCUUAGGAAUCACCUCAUGCACUUACUUUCACUGCUUGUGUACGAUGUCAUGAAUCUUUCCACAACAAACAAGGUCAGAGGACUGUGGGGAAAUCAGACGAGCCUUUCCACGCGGGAGAUCAUGGGGGCGUCCUCUCUAUACAUUAUGAAUUGGGACUUUCAUUUGGAGUACCCUCGACCCAUGCAGCAAAACGUAGUGCUCUGCGGAGGGAUGUCCGUGACCGAAGCUAAACCUCUUUCCCAGGAAUUUGAAACAUUCGUGCAAGGAUCGGGGGAUGAGGGCGUUCUUGUGUUUUCUGUAAGCACCCUCGUCAACAUCAUGGACGACAAAAUGGCCGACAUGAUCGCUGGUGCCCUGGCAAGGCUACCCUUUCGUGUCAUUUGGAAAUACAUGUCCGAACGGCGACCCGCUACGUUGGGUAACAACACGAUGUUAGCUAGUUGGAUUCCUCAGAAUGACUUAUUGGGACAUAACAAGACAAGACUGUUUGUGUUCCACGGAGGGGUGAACGGGGCCUACGAGGCCAUCUUUCACGGAGUACCAGUGGUUGGCAUACCUCUAUUUGCAGAUCAGGUGGACAACAUGCUCCGUCUACGCAGUCGCGGUAUGGCAGAGUAUUUCGAAGGCAGCAUCCAGGAGGUUACGACCGAUGGGCUUUACGAGAAGAUCAUGAAGGUGGCUACAAACCCAAGCUACAAGGAAAACGCCGAAUGUGCAUCAGCAAGAUUCAGGAGUCAAUCACAGAGCCCUCGAGAGCGAGCUGGGUUUUGGAUUGAGCACGUGAUGGCGCAUGGAGGCGAACACCUCCACUCUAACCGCGGUGACAUGGCAUGGGUUCAGUUGAAUCUACUUGAUAUAGCUGCUGCACUUAUCGCAGUAAGUGUUGCACUCGUGUUGAUGUUGCGUUACUGGUGUACCGCACUUUCGAAAGAAGUUGAGCUGUAGGUGUUUAGUGGUGAGAUGAUCUUGGGAGGCUUCGGGCUUUGUCGAAAAAGUUCGGAUUUCUCUGGCAUGGCAAUCACACAGCUAACUAAUUCUCAAAUUAUUGGUAGGCUGAUCAUCUGACGCCACACUAUAAUGACACUCAUGAAUAACGCCAUCAGAUACCGGUUUUGCGCUCCUGGCAGGAUCCUGCCAGAGGCACCUUUAAUAAUAAUAAUAAUCGUAUAUAUAACCCGCCUUAAAAAGGAUACAAAGCGUCAGGUGUUUUUACUGCAAGGUAUUAGAGUUAGACCUUAUCCUUAGCACCAUGUAAUGGUUGGUUUACAAGGUGCGUUUGGCGCAUUAUGCUGCCAAUCCAGCCAGGAACA